CCGCGGGAAGGGCCCAGGGGCCUCACACUUGGAGUCCUGGGAGCUGCAGGGCUCGGCCCGGAGGGACGCUGCACGUGGAGCCCGCGCCUCUGCCGUUCGCAGCCGGCCCCGGAGCGCGGGCGAGAGCGCCAGGGCCGAUUCCGGAGCGGAUGGUUUUGAAACCUUCAAAAUUCUUACAGGACUGAUCUUUUGAAAUACUUCAACCAUGACUAAGAGAGAAGCAGAAGAGCUGAUAGAAAUUGAGAUUGACGGAACAGAGAAAUCAGAGUGUACAGAAGAAAGCAUUGUAGAACAAACCUACACCCCAGCUGAAUGUGUAAGCCAGGCCAUAGACAUCAAUGAACCAAUAGGCAAUUUAAAGAAACUGCUAGAACCAAGACUGCAGUGUUCAUUGGAUGCUCAUGAAAUUUGUCUGCAAGAUAUCCAGCUGGAUCCAGAACGAAGUUUAUUUGACCAAGGAGUAAAGACAGAUGGAACUGUACAGCUUAGUGUACAGGUAAUUUCUUACCAAGGAAUCGAGCCCAAACUGAACAUCCUUGAGAUUGUUAAAACUGCGGAAACCGUUGAAGUGGUCAUUGAUCCAGAUGCCCAUCAUGCUGAAGCAGAAGCACACCUUGUUGAGGAAGCUCAAGUGAUAACCCUUGAUGGCACAAAACAUAUCACGACCAUUUCAGAUGAAACCUCAGAGCAGGUGACAAGAUGGGCUGCUGCACUGGAAGGUUACAGGAAAGAACAAGAACGCCUUGGGAUACCCUAUGAUCCUAUACAGUGGUCCACAGACCAAGUCCUGCAUUGGGUGGUUUGGGUAAUGAAGGAAUUCAGCAUGACUGAUAUAGACCUCACCACACUCAACAUUUCAGGAAGAGAAUUAUGUAGUCUCAACCAAGAAGAUUUUUUUCAGCGGGUCCCUCGGGGAGAGAUUCUUUGGAGUCAUCUGGAGCUUCUUCGAAAAUAUGUGUUGGCAAGCCAAGAACAACAGAUGAAUGAGAUAGUUACAAUUGAUCAACCUGUGCAAAUUAUUCCAGCAUCAGUGCAGUCUGCUACACCAACUGCCAUUAAAGUGCUAAACAGCAGUGCAAAGGCAGCUAAAGUCCAGAGAGCUCCAAGGAUUUCAGGAGAGGAUAGGAGCUCACCUGGGAACAGAACAGGAAACAAUGGACAAAUCCAACUGUGGCAGUUUUUACUAGAACUCCUUACUGACAAGGAUGCUCGAGACUGUAUUUCUUGGGUUGGUGAUGAAGGUGAAUUUAAACUAAAUCAGCCUGAACUGGUUGCACAAAAGUGGGGACAACGUAAAAAUAAGCCUACAAUGAACUAUGAGAAGCUAAGUCGUGCAUUAAGGUAUUAUUAUGAUGGGGACAUGAUUUGUAAAGUUCAAGGCAAGAGAUUUGUAUACAAGUUUGUCUGUGACUUGAAGACUCUUAUUGGAUACAGCGCAGCAGAGUUGAACCGUUUGGUCACGGAAUGUGAACAGAAGAAACUUGCAAAGAUGCAGCUUCAUGGGAUUGCCCAGCCGGUCACAGCAGUAGCCCUGGCUGCUGCUUCUCUACAAACAGAAAAGGAUAACUGAGGCCCAGUGCCUUCUGGGAGUCCAAGAUCUUUCUUAAAUAUUUAGAGCAAGUAUUGCUCUUAUCUUUAUUACUGAAUUUGGAUCUUCUCUUAUUUCUAGACUGUACAAUCCAGUGCAUGAUUUUUUUAUAAAUAUUUCAUACUCUUGUGAAUUUGGAUCUUUUUACUUUGAGCAUAUAUUUUAGAAUAUAUGUAUGUUAAAGAAUCACCACAAUAUCUGCCGCGUGAAAGCGGGCCCAUUGUGGGAUAGUUUGUUAACAGUUAGGAAAGCUAAAGUGGUCAGUAUUAAUGUCUAGCCCUACCAAAAAUAGCCAGUAGCAUCUGAAGAUGAAAAAUAAAUAAGUAUCUCCAGGAAACAGUCUGGCUUAACUAUUUUUGAAAAAAUAACUUUCCCCUCUCUGCUGCUUUAGAUGUAGCUUUACAUAGAACCAGAAAAUGGAGUUUCUUAGCUAGAGCAUUUGCGCCUGUUUCAUCUAAUCAAGCAGAGCUAAAAUGUUCAUAUCAAAUAAAAUUAUAAUAUUAAUAAAUUACUAAACUAAGUAUCAGGUUAUUAAAGUAAUUUAUAUAUUUGCAAGCAAAGUUGACUGGCAAAGAGCAGUUCUGAUGGAGAUCCAGGUUUAGAUGUGGCUUAACUCAGCCAGUGACAGAUUUUUCUGUAUAGAUUAUUCAUAUUGUCAAGCCAAGAAUUUAAAUUAUUUUGAAAGAGACAUUUAAUUCUAAUAAAGCAGCCAUUCAAAAAUUCUAAAAUGAUCUCUGUUUUUCUAUCAGAGAUUUAAAAAACUGAAAAGGUAUAUACCUCAGCCAGAAAAUACAUUUGUUUGGUUUAGCAUGGCUUCCUUUUUCUUUCUUUUUUUUUUAAUUACUCUAUAGUAGCAGCUUAUUAGGCAGAACAGCUUAUAUAUUCCGUGUUUCUGAUAAAGUGAAGACUUUAAAUCAGUCAGCAGUGCUUUACCUUUCAAGAUACUAGUAAUUACAAUAGGAAAAUUGGACCUCCAUUAUAGGUAGUCUUCUCUUUACAACUUCCCAUUUAUUUUUUUCUUUUGAGUAUUACAUAUGUUUGUACAAAUAUCUAUGUACAUGUGCAGUUUGCCACUUUGUAUGUGCACUUAAACACAUUUAUAUGAAGACAUAACGAUACCCAAAAAGAAAAUCAUUAAACCAUUUUGAAAACUAACUAGCUCCUAUAUAAAUGAAGUUCCUUACCAUGAGCUAACAUACUAAACACAAACAGCUAGAAAAUUUUUUUCUUUUCAUUUCUUUUUACUAUUGUGUGUUUGUUUCCAGGUAUUAAUAUAAAUAAAGACAAGAAAGACUGCAAAUAACUUUUAAUCCUCUUACAAAGAAGAUUGAUUCUCAAAUAUUACUUUAUGCAUCUUCAUCAUUUCAUUAAAUCCAUAGCCCAGAACAGCUUUAGAGAAGCUUAGUUAAUGCUUUUCACUAAUUAGGAGGAAAUGGCGAUGAUGUUGUUAGAAGUUGCUGCUACCAAUACUAGGCAGAGAGCUCUGAUCUUUUCUGCUAAUCUUAAAUCAUAAUUUUAAGUGCUGUGUUAUUGGACUGCGGUUAUAUUGUCCAUUUAUAUUGCUAUCUUAAAUUCAAGAUUCUGCAGUAGUUCUAAAAAGAAUAAAAUUUGUAAUUUCCAUUGUUACUUCUUUAUAAGCACAUAAAGAAUAGACUGACAAAUUGUUAGUAAAAUUGGGCACUUUGGUUGCAAGAAUAUCUCAACAGAAUAAUAUUAAAUAAUAUAUUGAAACCCCAGCUUUGGAUAACAAAUAGCUAAACAGGAUCUGUUUAUGACCUAUGGAGUUGAUUAAUCAAUUUAAAAACAUAGUAAAGUAUACUCUUUUGGUAUAUUAUUAGGAGUAUAAGAAUAUUGACUUUUAGAUUAAAAUGUUUUUGGGAAGACAUACUAAAAUUUUAGCCAAGAUAACAAACUUCCUUUAUGUCUCACUUACAUGUAUUUAGGUUUUUAAGGCAAAGAAUAACAGAUUUCUUUAAGAUCUCCAAAAUCAAACUGUUGUUUCUUUUUCUCCUUUAGCCAUUACUCAAAUGCCUUUUUUUUCCUUUUGCAGUUUUUGUUUCAUUCCUCAUAAUAUGAACAGAGACUUUCACACAUGAUCAGAUGCUGUUUCUUUUCUUCACCUCUGUCAUGCCAUCAUCUUCUGUACCCUGACAUAAGUAAUGUGACUAAUUGACUACAGAAAACUGUCAGUACUUUGUGUCAAGUAUUUCCAUUGUCCUUAUUGAGGUUACAGGUAUCAGAAAGCCAGUUAGUCUUCUAUUAAAAGAUAACGUGUUGUAAGAAAAUAAAAUUCAUGCUAUUCCAAAGGAAGAAAGAUAAAAUCAUUGAUGGGCCUUUGUAUCUUACAAGAAUAAUGAAAUUUUCACUUCUGUGUUAGAACUGUUUUUCCCUGUGAGGUUUUCUUUGAGCCAAUUUUCAAAUAUACCUUGCUAGCCUGAAUUCUGAAAUGUGAGUUGGUAUCAGAAAAUCAAGCUAAUUAGGCAGAAUUUCUGAGUGUGGUUGAUCUUCACAUGGGUCAACUGAUAACAUUCAUCUUUUGUCAUCCACAUCGUUUAAUUAGGAAAAAUUGAUUGUUUUCUCCCAAGACUAAAGGUGAUACAAAGUAUAUUUCUUCAAAAGGUUCUGCUUUGAUAGUGAGUGAGGUCUGUUUUCCUUGUUCAUCAUUUUAUGCUACUGCCUCUUAAAAAGGACUAAAGUAUAUGUAUCUUGGGAUAGCACAAAAACAUUUUAAAGUUCACAAUUACGAAAGAAACCUAUGAAUAACUUAAUGUCUUCAGACCUAAAGAGUGUAAAGAAUACUAAAGCUUCAAUAUAUCACUUGCCAGGAAAAAACAUUCUCAGUCUUUUGUAAAAGGGAGAAAAAUUUUUGCAUACAUUUUUACUCUUUAAAUAAAGACACUUAUACUGUCAUAAUAACAAUUAUGUAUUUCUUUGUGGUUUUUAUUUUUACUGUAAUUUUACAUAAGACAGUUAUUUUCUAUUUUUACUCAGAUAAAAGUAUUUGUGCAUAAAAUGUAAAAAAAUAGUAAAAUGAGAAAAAUAAAAUAUACAGUAUGUUUCCAU